GACGCGCGCCGUGGAGGCGGCGGCGGCGUGGAGGCAGCCCCCGGCACGUGGUCGCAGAGGCUCUCCGGGCCCCGCCGCGCACCACUUCGCCUCGGCCUACGGCUCCUCCUCUUACCUCCACGCGGCCCCAGCCGCCGCCGACGCUGCUGCUGCUCCUGACAUUACCCCGCACCACCACCACCACCACCCCCUGAUUUUUGCAACUCGCUUUAAACAUUUCUGCUCUUAAAGAGACUCCUGCCCCCUUCCUCCAGCUGCGCGGUUGGACAGAGACAGCAUGGCAGACCCACAGGGCGUGGAGGCGGUGAGGAGGCUCGCGUCCCGCGUGACGAGCGCCAGCGUGCGAGACCGGGAGGCCACAUUCACCGAGCUGAGACCCUGCCUGUGCAACGCCGGGCUGCCAGAAGCGGCUGUCAAGGCUGUAUGCCGGCUGAUGUGCAUGACUCUGCAGCGCUACAGGGAUGCAGCGUCGCGCCGGGCGGUGCGCGAGACCCUUCGCGUCCUGGCCGAGGCAUAUCCCGUCGCCACGGCGCGUGCUCUGCCACCGCUGCUGCCCCAGGCUGCCCUCGUCUCCAAGGGCAGCGGUCCCACGAAGUGCAGCAGUUCGGCAGCGGCGGAGGCGGUGGCGUGGACGUGCACGCUGGCACGAGCGGCGUUCCCCUCACCCGACUCCCAGGAGGGCGAGGCCUGGAAACAGCUGGUGGAGGUGCAGGGCGUGCUGCUCACCGAGGCGCUAGGAAGUCCGCGUAGGAGCGUCCGGGACUCCGUCGGCAAGAAGCUCGUGCGGCUCUGGACCGAGCUGCCCGCGCUGGUGGAGCGCUCCAUGAGCACCCUGUUGUCUGGAGAUGCCGGUGCCAGCAGUCUGUGUCUCGUCGGUGCCCUGGUGGAGCACUGCUGCAAAACGGGCCACACCAGCACAGUCGACGGGCACAAGGCUCAAAUGAUCGACCUCUUCAUCAAGGCUUCCUUCCUCGGCAAAUCGAAGCCUUCCGUCCACGUAUUGGAGCACUGUGGCCCCUUGGUGCGCCGUCUCACCCACGCCGACUUCAAGGAGCUCGUUCUACCGGUCGUCGUCAAGUCGAUGCUGCGCAGCCCCGAGAACGCCAUCGAUGCGGUGGGCUCGCUCCUGUCAUUGGUCAUCCUUGACCUGAGCCAGUACGCAAUGGACAUCGGCAAAAUCCUCGCGAGCCAGCUCAAGUCGAACAGCGUGGCGCUGGCGGAGGCGGCCGGGGUGGCUCUGCGGGGCCUCGCGCGGCAGUGCAGCGAGGGGGACGCCCUCGAGAGCCUCCUGAGGCACCUCUUCGCCGUCCUCAAUGGGUCGGAGGGGAAGCUGACAGUGGCGGCACAGAAGAUCAGCGUACUAUCAGGUGUGGCGAGUCUGAGCCAGCACGUCGUGUCCACCGGCGCCGCCCAGGCCCUGAGCCGAGUGGCAAUCGAGCUCUUUGUGCAUUUCCUGCAGCAGGAGGUGCACGACGGCACGCUGGUGUCGGCGCUCGCGGCACUCUCGGCGUGGUGCGCCCGCCUGACGGCACCGCCCGCGCCGCUGCUGCUCGCGGCGUUCCGCGACGGGGCGACGCGCAAGGGAGCAACGAGCGCCACACGGCUCGCAUACCUACAGUGCAUGAACGCCACCUUCCACGGAGACAGCACGCUGGCGGCGCUGGAGCUGCUGCCGUGCCUCUCGCAGGCGCUGGAACGCGCCGCCGCGCAGGGCUCGCAGAUCGCCAUGGUGACGGAGGGGGCCUCGGCCGCGCUGCUCGUGUGCCGCCUUGCCGUCGCCGACGCCCAAGUCGACACCAAACUCUCGGCGCUGUGGCCCCUCAUCGUGGACGAGAAGAAGCAGCUUUUCACGGCUGACAAGUUUCUGGCGCAGGGGUCCGAUGAAGCGCUCUGCACGGUGCUGCAGCUCUCCGAGCGACUGCUUCUCGACCACCCGCAGACGGUGACGGCCGAGAAGGCUCGGCCGUACGUGCGCGCUGUGCUCAUGGGCCUCCUGCACCGCGCCUGGGCCGUGCGGCGUCGCGCGCUGCAGACGACGAGGAAGCUGCUGUCAUCGGCGGGCGGCAUGGGCCUGGCGCACGGCCUUCUGGGAGAGCUAGAGCUCGUCCUCGCUGGGCACAGGGUGGUGGCGCCCGAGCUGCUGGUGAACGAGUCGGGGGAGCCCACGGAUUUGGGCCGCUCGUACGCCGCGCCGCGCCUCCUCGCCGGCGCCCUGUGGGCCAUCACGGCCACGGCGCCGCCACCGCACGGCGGAGCAGGAGCAGGAGCAGCGGAGACGGAGGCGCUGGCCGGGGACGCGCUCCUGCCGGCGCACCACCCGUCCGUGGUGUCGGUGAGGCCCGGCCUGUGGCUGGCGCUGCUCGCGCGCUGGGGUCUGAACGCACCGCAGCUGGUGGCCAAACUCGGCCCCAAGCUCCUGCCGGGCCUACUGGCCACGCCUGACGCCAGCCCGGCGGUGCUGCAGGCGGUGGUGACGCUGGUGGGGGUCGCCCCCCGUCCCAUGCUGCCUCCCGUGGUGGGGCACGUGCGGGCGGCGCUCUCCGAGCCGGCGCUGCUGCAGGUGACGCGCGACGACGCGGCCGUGAUGAGGACCCCGCCCGGAACACUGUGGGACCGCUCAGUCAUCGACAGCAGCAAGAAGGAGGCGUCGGGGAAGCGCACGGGGAACAUGAAGAGGGAGAACAAGGCCUACUCGUACCAGGAGCAGAUCCUGGAGCUCGAGAUCAAGGAGGAGCUGAAGAAGAAGAAGAAAGGCGGGGGAGGAGGAGGAGGCAAGGACGCCGCUCCGCAGCUCACGGCUAAGCAGCAGGAGAUGGUGGAGGAGCAGCUCAAGAAGGAGGCAGAGACGCGUGCACGCCUGCAGCAGAUGGACAAGCGUCUGGCGGCAGCGCUGGCGCUGCUCGGGGCGAUGGUGCGGGCGCGGUCUCCGAGCCUCGCGUGCCACGCGGCACCGCUCGUCGCCGUGCUCACUCCGCUGCUGGCCUCCCCGCUCGCGGCGCCGCGAGCCCUCGACGCGCUGCUCUCCCUGCCGCAGCUGCUCAUGCCGCCCGAGCACGCCCAGCUUGGCGAGGUGCUGGGCUACGUGACGAUGCGGCUGCUCACCCCCGAGUGCGAGGUUCCGGCCGCCUGGUGCCAGGAGCCGCUGAGCGACGCCGCUGAGAGGGUCGUGGCGGCGCUCUACGCACUGACCGUGUCCGGCCCCGGGCCGCUCCCGGCGCCGGCCUUCGCGCUGGCGUUCCCGCUGCUGCGCACGCUGCUGCUGCCGGCGCCGGCGUGCGACGUGUCGGAGGAGACGCGCGUCGCCACGCUGCUCGUGAUGGCCGCACACGCGCAGCUGCGCUCACGCCAGCAGCAGCGGCAGCAGGACGAGGAGGAGGAGAAGGAAGAGGAGGAGGAGGAGGAGGAGAUAGACGAGAACGGACCGGAGCUGCUUCCCAGGAAGGACAUGAUGCUGCUGCUGACCUCGCUGGUCGCCACGGCGUCGCCACGGCUACAGGUGACGGCCGCGUCGGCGCUGACGGCGCUGUGCACCAGUGCGAGCGGGAACCCUGGCUGCGCUUGCGCCGAGCAGGCCGAGGUGGAGGUGCUGCUCGCGGCGCUGCUGUCGCCGUGCACGGCGCUGCGCGACGCCGCGCUGCGGGGUCUGCUGGAGCUGGAGCUGGUGCUGCCGACGCCCGACGGGGGCGAGGGCGAGGCGGGCGUGCACGUGCUGCGCCGCAUCUGGCUCGCGCGCUUCGACCCCGAGGAGGAGAACCGCAAGCUCGCCCACGGGCUGUGGGAGGCGCUGGGCCUGGAGCUGCAACCGGCGCUCUGCUCGCUGUUGCUGCGCGACGUCCUGUCGCACGUGGAGGCGGUGCGCGUCGCCGCCGCCGCCGCCCUGGCCGCCGCCCUCGAGCCGUACCCCGAGCUGGCGCCGGACGUGCUCAGCCAACUCCGCACGCUCUACCAGGAGAAGCUCUACCGAGCGCCGCCCGUGCUGGACGGGCUGGGCCGCGUGGUGACCGAGUCCCCGCCCGACGAGUGGGAGGCGCGCUGCGGCGUGGCGCUGGCGCUGGCGGCCGUGGCCGGCUCGCUGGGCGGCGAGCGCGUCACGCCGCUCUUCCGCUUCUUCGUGCCCGAGGCGCUGGGCGACCGGCACGCCGAGGUGCGGCGCCGCAUGCUGGACGCGGCGCUCGCCGCGCUCAACCACCAUGGCAAGGAGUGCGUGAACGAGCUACUGCCGCUGCUGGAGGAUUCACUGCGCGACUCUCCGGACGACGCGAGCUACGACGCCGUGCGGCAGGGCGUCGUCAUCCUCAUGGGGUCGCUCGCCAAGCAUCUGGACCGCAGCGACCCCAAGGUCAAGCCCAUCGUGGCCAAGCUGAUCGCAGCGCUCUCCACGCCUUCGCAGCAGGUGCAGGAGUCGGUGGCGAACUGCCUGGCGCCGCUGGUGCCGGCGAUGCGCGAGGACGCGCCGGCGAUGGCGCGCCACCUCAUGGCGCUGCUGCUGGAGGCGGAGAGCUACGGGGAGCGGCGGGGCGCGGCCCACGGCCUGGCGGGCCUCGUGCGCGGCCUUGGCAUCCUGGCGCUCAAGCAGCUGGACGUCAUGUCCACCCUCACCGACGCCAUCCAGGACAAGAAGCACUACCGCCGCCGCGAGGGCGCGCUCUUCGGCUUUGAGAUGCUGUGCAGCAUGCUGGGCCGGCUGUUUGAGCCGUACGUGGUGCACGCCCUGCCGCACCUGCUGCUGUGCCUGGGCGACGGGAACCAGUACGUGCGAGAGGCGGCCGAAGAGACGGCGAAGGCCGUGAUGCGGAACCUGAGCACGCACGGCGUGAAGCUCGUGCUGCCCUCGCUGCUCGCCGCUCUGGAGGAGGACUCGUGGAGAACCAAGACGGGCUCGGUGGAACUGCUGGGCUCGAUGGCGUACUGCGCACCCAAGCAACUGUCGGCGUGCUUGCCCAGCAUCGUGCCCAAGCUCACGCAGGUGCUCACCGACUCGCACGUCAAGGUGCAGCAGGCCGGCCAGCAGGCGCUGAAGCUCAUCAGCAGCGUCAUCCGCAACCCAGAGAUCCAGGCCAUCACGCCGGUGAUCUUGGAGGCGCUGACGGACCCGUCGCGCCAGGUGCACCGCUGCCUGCACACGCUGCUACAGACGCAAUUCGUGCACUUCAUCGAUGCGCCGUCGCUCGCCCUCAUCAUGCCCAUCGUGCAGCGCGCCUUCCUCGACCGCUCCACCGACACACGCAAGAUGGCGGCGCAGAUCAUCGGCAACAUGUACUCGCUCACCGACCAGAAGGACCUGGCACCGUACCUGCCCAGCGUCAUCCCGGGCCUCAAGACGUCGCUGCUUGAUCCCGUCCCAGAGGUGCGUGCGGUGUCGGCCAAGGCGCUGGGCGCGAUGGUGAAGGGCAUGGGCGAGGAGAGCUUUGAGGACCUCAUGCCCUGGCUCAUGCAGACGCUCACCUCCGAGCAGAGCUCUGUGGACCGCUCCGGAGCCGCGCAGGGCCUCUCGGAGGUGCUGGUGAGCCUGGGCGUGGAGAAACUCGACAAGCUGAUGCCGGAGAUCGUCGCCAAUGCCUCCAAGGCCGACCUUGCACCGCACGUGCGCGACGGCUACAUCAUGAUGUUCAUCUUCCUGCCCGCCACGUUCGGAGAGCGCUUCACCCCCUAUGUGGGGCCCAUCAUCCCGGCCAUCCUCAAGGCGCUGGCCGAUGAGAAUGAGUUUGUGCGCGACACGGCGCUACGCGCGGGUCAGCGCAUCAUCUCCACAUACGCGGAGAAGGCCAUCACGCUGCUGCUGCCCCAGCUCGAGGACGGCCUCUUCAACGACAGCUGGCGCAUCCGGUUCAGCUCUGUGCAGCUGCUGGGCGACCUGCUCUUCCACAUCUCGGGCGUCUCGGGGAAGAUGACGACCGAGACGGCGUCCGAGGACGACAAUUUCGGCACCGUGCAGUCCACCAAGGCCAUCAUCUCGGCGCUGGGCCCCGAGCGCCGGAACCGCGUCCUCUCAGGCCUCUACAUGGGCCGCUCGGACGUGGCGCUGGUGGUGCGCCAGGCGGCGCUGCACGUGUGGAAGGUGGUGGUGGCCAACACGCCGCGCACGCUGCGCGAGAUCCUCCCCACGCUCUUCGGCCUGCUCCUCGGCUUCCUGGCCUCCACCAACUAUGACAAGCGGCAGAUUGCGGCGCGCACGCUGGGGGACCUGGUGCGGAAGCUGGGAGAGAAGAUCCUCCCCGAGAUCAUCCCCAUCCUGGAGGCCGGCCUGUGCUCGGAGCACAGCGACGAGCGCCAGGGCGUGUGCAUCGGCCUCAGCGAGAUCAUGCGCUCCACGAGCCGCGACGCGGUGCUGCUGUUUGCGGGCAGCCUGGUGCCCACUGUGCGGCGUGCGCUGUGCGACCCGCUGCCCGAGGUGCGCGAGGCGGCGGCGCGAACCUUCGAGCAGCUGCACACCACCGUGGGGCAGACGGCGCUCGACGACAUCCUACCCAGCAUGCUCCAGCAGCUGGAUGACGACGCAGUGUCGGAGUUUGCGCUCGAUGGCCUCAAGCAGGUGAUGGCCGUCAAGAGCCGCGUUGUGCUGCCCUACCUCAUCCCGAAGCUCACCACGCCCCCCGUGAGCGUGCGUGUUCUGGCGUUCCUCUCGGCAGUCGCCGGCGAUGCCCUGACGCGCCACCUGCCGGUGGUGCUCGCCGCUCUGCUCACCGCGCUGCGUGACGCCAGCGGCACUCCCGGGGAGCAGCAGGAGCUGGAGCACUGCCAGGCGGUGCUGCUGAGCGUGACGGACCCGGCGGGCGUGCGCGUCACCGUCGACACGCUGCUGGAGGCGUCACGCUCCCCGGACGCGGCCGCGUUGGCGCAGCGCCGCGCCGCCACGGCGCUGCUGGGCGCCGUCUGCGCGCGCGGGCGCGCCGACCUCUCGGACCACAUCCCCUCGCUCAUCCGCGGCCUCCUCCGCCUCUUCGCCGACGAGGACGACGUCGUUCUCAACAACAGCUGGGACGCUCUCCACGCCGUCAUCAAGAAGCUGGACGCAGCGGAGCAGAUGCGCUACAUCCGCGAGCUGCGCCAGGCAAUCCGUUUGGCGGCGUCCGACCUCCAGCCCGGGCAGCACCUGCCCGGCUUCUGCCUUCCCAAGAAGGGCGCGUCGUCGAUCCUGCCCGUGCUGCGCGAGGGCGUGCUGAGCGGCGGUGCGGAGCUCAAGGAGGAGGCGGCGCACGGCCUGGGCGAGGUGGUGCGGCUCACGGCGCCCGACGCGCUGCGCCCCUCCGUCGUGAGCAUCACGGGGCCGCUCAUCCGCAUCCUGGGGGACCGUUUCGCAUGGAGCGUCAAGGUGGCGCUGCUCGACACGCUCGCUCUACUGCUCGCCAAGGUUGGCGUGCAGCUGAAGCCGUUCCUGCCGCAGCUGCAGACGACGUUCACCAAGGCGCUGCAGGACCCCAACCGCCUGGUGCGCCUCAAGGCGGCCGAGGCGCUGGGCCACCUGGUGCCCAUCCACGCCAAGGUGGACCCCCUCUUCACCGAGCUGCUCGCCGGAGCCAGGGCGGCCGAGGACGCUGGCGUGCGGGAGACGACGCUGCAGGCGCUGCGUUUCACCAUCGCCGGCGCCGGCAGCAAAGUGGAUCCAUCCGUGCGGCGUAGCGUGACGACCGCGCUGCUCGGCAUGCUGGGACACGAGGAGGACCCGACGCGUGCGGUGGGAGCCGGCUGCCUGGGGGAGCUGUGCGCAUUUCUGUCCGAGGAGGAGCUGCAGCACGUGCUGCUGCAGCACGUGCUGGUGAGCGAGCAGGCGGUGGACUGGAUGACGCGCGCCGGCCGCGCUCUCGCGCUCUGCGUGGCCCUCAAGUCGUGCCCGAGCGCGGUGUACUCCCCGGAGCGGGCGCCACGCGUCCUCGACUGCAUCCUCGCCAACGCCAACGCCGACCGGGUGUUGAUCGCGGUGAGCGGCGUACGAGCGGCUGGCUACUUGAUGAGGCACCAGAUGGAGCGUGAAGGGGGCGGCUUCUCUCCCAAGCUCAUCACCGUGCUCGUCAAGGGCCUGCAGCACCAGUCGAGCGAGGUGCGGCUGGUGGCGGCGCAGGUGUCGUGCUGGGUGCACCGCGCGCCGGGCCCCGAGCCGGCCGACGCCGGCGCCGCCAAGCCGCUGCUCAAGGCCCUGCUGGACGGCUACAAGGACAAGAACACGGCGGUGCGUGCCGCCAGCGAGCUGGCGCUCGUCAGCCUCCUGCGUCUGCGCCACGGGGACGCCACCUGCCAGGCCAUGUCCAAGGAGCUGGACCCCACGAGCCUGGAGCUGCUCAACGACUGCUGCAAGCGCUCGCUGCGCAAGCUGGCCAGCCAGCCGGAGCCCGCCGAGCACAUCGACGACACCAUCCUCACGUGACGGCCUCGCCCGCAGGCACGAGCACCCGCUCCUCCUCUCGCUCCUCCUCAACCUGCCACUCCUCGUCAGCUUCCCACUCCUCUUCCACUUCCCACCCCUCCUCAACAUCACACUCCUCCUCAACCUCCCACUCCUCCUCAGCCUCCCACUCCUCCUCAACUUCCCACUCCUCAGCAUCCCACCCCUCUUCCACCUCCCACUCCUCCUCAACC